UCACCUACAAAAACACACAAAUAACACACAAAAAAUGAUUGAAUUAAAUAUUGAAGGAAUUAAAUUCACAAUAGAAACAAAAGAAGCUUUAUACAAACACGAAACAAAUAAUUUUAUAAAAGAAUUGCCGGGCAUUAAAAAUAAUAUUAAAUUUAACAAUGCUUUAAUUAUUUUAAAUCGUUGGGCUAAAAAUAAUUUUGUAAAUCAAGAACGUUUUGGAUUUUUAGACGAAUAUUCAAUUUCUAUAAUGCUAACAAAAAUAAAUAUUUUAUAUCCAAAUGUGUCCUUAAUUGAAUUAAUUGAACGUUUCUUUUUGACAUAUUUGACAUGGUUAGAAAUUAAUUUUUUAAACCGAAAACUCCGCAAUAUUUUAAAAAAUAUUUUAUACUUCAAAAAUGUAAAAACUAAAAAGAGUUAUCAUUUAUCAAAAAAAAAUUUCCUUAAAAUAACUCUUAAUAGUUGA